AUGGACUCAAUCUCAACAGAACCCUCCAUGAACCUGCCUGUGAUCGACCUUGAUGUCUACCUCAACAAUCCUGUCAACUCGGAGGCCGUACAAGAAGAAUGUCGCAAAGCAGCCGGUGCCCUUAUCACCUACGGAGCCCUUGUACUUCACGACAGCCGCGUCUCAGAAAAAGAUAACUCAACUUUCCUUGACAUUCUUGAGGAUUACUUUGCACAGCCCGUGGAAAUCCUCAAGAAGGAUGAGAAGCCUGAGCUCAGCUAUCAGAUUGGCGUCACGCUAGAAAACACCGAAAAGCCAAAGUGUGCAGUUGAUGAGCCUUGCUUGGAUGUUAUCCAGAGACUUGACCCAUCGCAGAGACCACUGGACAUCACAGCACACUCUCCUGAUCCAAAAUGCAGGUUCUUUUGGAGGAUGGGUGAGCAGCCGCCCUUCGAGACUGAGUUCCCUGGAUUGAACGCCGCAAACGUUGUGCCAGAAGCCUCUCACAUCAAGGACCGUUGGGAGCCAGCCAUGAAUCAGUGGGGAACAUCUAUGAAGAGCGCUGUCUCCAAACUUGCCGAAAUGGCUGCAGUUGGUCUUGACAUGCCAGCUCAGUUCUUCAGUGAUGCUGGAAAAUAUGGACCUCACCUUCUUGCUCCCACAGCUUCAGAUUUAACCAAGUAUGGCCAGAAGGAUACCAUACUCGCUGGGUUCCAUACCGACCUCAACUUUCUCACCAUUCAUGGGCGCUCCCGCUACCCCGGUCUUCACAUUUGGGCUCGCAACACCGGAAAUCGGAUUGCAGUAAAGAUUCCACCUGGGAACUACUUAUUGGUCCAGGCGGGCAAACAACUCGAGCACAUCACCGGUGGGCUCAUCAAGGCUGGUUUCCAUGAAGUGAUCGUCAGCGAUAAGACUGUCGAGACGAUCGAGAAGAGGAAGCGCGAAUUCCCUGACAGGCCUCUUGUCAGGAUCUCAAGCACCCUGUUCUGGCAUCUGGGAAGUGACGUUGACCUGACACCUAUACCCAAGCUUGCGGCGAGAGCGAAGGAAGUCAGAGAGCGCCAGAAGGAACUGGGAAGAGACGAAGGGCGGGGGUCUGAGUACCCCCCUAUGAAGGUUGGACACCAAGUACAGGCAGAACUGAAGCACAUUGCCUUGAUGACUUGA